CUCAUCGAUUCGUUCAUCUAUCCAUCGAGUCCGUAGCUAGUCCUGUCUGGCUUCCCUCUCAUCGCCAGCCAUGCUAGAUGACUUCGUCAUUCAUAUGUGUCUAGCAUCCAUCGGCCUCCUCUCACAAAGACAUCUGGCAACGACCGGGUAAUGGGGAUUCCCUUCGAUCGAGAAAUGCCCCCCAGUGUUUUCGACACUCUUACAUAUGGCCUCUUCCUCCCCCUAGUCGCGUCGGAAUAUCAAGGUGAAGUGAGGGCAGAAGUCAUGUGGCCCCAUCCUGCCAUAUUUGUCUCGGUCGAUGGCCACCAGCAUCAACAGCGCGAAGUAGCUGAUGGGCGAUAGCCAGUUCAUAACCAAGGCGCACACAAAUCCCCACAGCCGCCUCCUCACCGCAGUGGGCUCCUUCUCGCUCGACAGUAAGGGCAGGUUCGUCACGCGAACUAGAAACUGAAGACAGGGAGACAGAGGCCUUUGUCUGUGAGCCAUCUGUUUUCUGCACCAGAAAGAGGCCGCACUCGAGAGUGGCCUCGAUUGCGAUGAGGACGAGCAUGCCACCGAGCCUCUCGGCUAACCGCUGGGCCGAUGGGUGCAACACGUGGUCGAAGGCCAAAUGUGAGAGGUUUGUGAAGACCAAUGUCGUGAACUCGGCCAAAGUGUAGACGUGCACCUGCUGAGAGAAGGAGAUAGACACAUAGAGACACGACAUAGACAACGCCGGUGUACGCGCCUUCUUCUUUGUUACGUCGCUGAUGCAUCUGAGUAUGCGUGGCGACGCGUGGUGGGCCACAAAAGUCGUCUGGACGUCCAGGAAGGUGCUCAGAGACCGCAGGGACGACCGGCUGAAGGCGGUGCGAAAGCGGUCCACAGACGUGAAGCUGAUCAUGGUCGACAGGCUGCUCGUCGGCCGGGCCAGGCGCCUCUCUCGCUUGUCUGCUGUCGCAUCAUUGCCUUUUGGCGUUGUAACCCCACGCGACUGCCGCUUGGGGGCGUCGAUGCUGUCGAACUCGUUGCAUUGGUCUGGUGGGCGCUUGCCUGUGUUGUCAGUGUGCCAGUAGGGUCCAAUCGUCUGCAUCAGUCGUCUGCGCGCAGCCAUGCCCAGAAUGGCACCUGACAGACACAAGGGCCGCCGCAAUGUGUCGCUCUUUGUGUCGGUGCGCUCUUGGCCGCUAACUGAAAGGGAUUGCCAUGUCUGAGAGACACACAUCGGCAGAUUACAGUACUAAUCAUGGUCUCGUACAUUCCCAUUCAGUUUUCUCUUCACCUGUGAAGAAGUCGAAGAGGCCAAAGAUGAGGGAGUUGAGCAUCUGCACUUGCAGUGUGUCCAUUUUGGCUUGCAGCAUCCGGGGCAGCAACUACGUGAACCAAAUACGCACAGACGAUGAACGAGGCAGCGAACGAGACGGGCAGCAUGGCAUGCAUGCGAGACCAGGUAGGCGAGAGAUACAAAGGAGAGGCCGGGGACAAAAUGCAAAAGCGGCCCAUCCUGCAAUUUGUAAACAGAGAGAGACACCAUGCGUUUGCUGGCUGGCUUCUUGCUCGCUCACUACUGACUUUCACUGAUCGUGCGGUGGCCGUCACGAGUGCCACAAGGGGCCAACCCGCCAUGAGGGUCAUCAUCGCCACGCGGGUCCUCUCCCCGUCGGUUGUCGCAACUAUCGCCAGAGGCAGGAAGUUGACACUCCACACCAGUCCUACACUGCAGCAGAUCGCCCAGAUGAAGGUCAUUUGGAGGGCGUACACCCGUUUCCGUCUCACGGUCUUCAUGUCCCUGCCACAGCUGCGGAAGAACAGGUAAGGGGUGAUGAACAGGUAGAAGGGCACCGACGGGUACAGAAACACGGCGUGCUGCACCAGAGCCGACCAUCCUGCGUGGUGGGCGAUGCUGCAUCCGAGAGAGGUAUAGAAAAUGGGCAGGAAGUACACCCAGGUCUUCCGGAACCGUCGCCACGACGCGCGCAGAUCGCUCUCCACCAUCAUGGUGAGACACCCGAUGUUGCCAAAGGUGAUCAAAAGCCGCCGAAUGACGUCCAGGAUGGCCCACGGCACCGUCACAGCUCGGUCCUCACAGGCCCGCCAGUAGCCCACAUACACGGCCGCCCCGACAGCACCAAUCACGGCUGCGAAGCCCAGCUGCCGCAAGAUAACACGGGCAGCCUCCUCAUCGUGCGGGAGAAGGGCUCGGGGGUGAACCGGGCCACCAGCACCUCCACGUCCCCCCUCCGCUCAUAGCAUAUCGUGGUCUCGAACUCCUGAUAUGACGCGUGGGGGUAGCCGGCGGCCUCCCGAAACUCCGCCACCUGCGCGAUGAGUGCCUUCUCCUCUGCCAACAUUGCCCUCUGACGCCUGCCGGUCUGGUGCACCUCUUCGUCUCCCACGUCAUCGCAGCUGAUCUCUGCGCACUGCCCCACAGCCUCGAUGGUGUACUGCUGCUGCUGGCCUCUGCUUUUGCUGCUCUUGCUCUCCUCUUGGGGCUGUGAUUCUGCGGCUGUGACGACGUCGUUGGCCGGUGGCGAUGACGGCGGCAGUUCCCCAAUCUCCACCGCGACUUGCUUCUCCGUCGUCAUCGGAGGGAAGGGAGA